UCUGAGUUGAAACAUUAACUAACCUACAAACAACAAUAUUAAAGUAUAAUUUUAAAAAGCUAUGUAUCUAAGCAAAUCGAAAUUUAUAAUAUUAAGUCAUUAGCUUUAUCGUUAUUAUGUUUUCGUGCCGAUUAACACAUUUUGAUGUUCACUUAUGCAAUAGAAACAUAUACAACGCCAGGCGUCAACUACAUCGUCGGGAUAAUUCGAAAACUGAACAGAUUGCGAAAAUUACCAGAGGCUUAGCACAGAAACAUUCGGAACCCAAUCCUGAAUACCAUCAUGCACCUCGUAGUUAUGUGGAGAACUAUAUAAAGCAUCAUCUACGCAAUGGCUUCACGGAACCAACAAUGUUCCAUCGUAAUCCCCGAUAUCGCUGGAUCGAUUUCCGUCGACGGAUGGUAUAUGGCACCUACGACAUAUAGCCACUAUUUUCGACUAUACUCAAGGAUUAUAUAUUCAUUAUGCUAUCUGUGGAGUCGUGUACUGAAAUGAAAUAUCCAUUCAGAGGAAUCUCAAUUAAAAUUACAGGUAUUUGUGUAAGCAGUCAGCCACAGCUAUCAGCGUGUAAUACAAGUGUCCAGAGAUCUCAAUGUUUAGAUAUAAGUAAAUUAUUUACAGAGUCCAGAAAUAAAAUCUUUCUUUAAAAAUUAAAAUAGAA